AUGACUUCCUUACCUUUCUCUUCUUCAUCUGUACUACUGGGUGUGAAAAUCCAGCAUAAUAAAGCAAACUCUACAACAAUGGCUUCCUUUGUCUCAUCCAUCAAUUCCUCACUUGGGUCCUCUAAAUCUGCUUUUUUGCAACAUGGGUUUUCUUUACAAUCUCCAAAUCUUCCUCGGUUUGCCUCUAAAGCUCGUUCCUUUGGUGUUUUUGCUAGAGCUGCUACAGAGAAAUCUCUUUAUGACUUCACUGUGAAGGAUAUUGUUGGGAAGGAUGUUCCUCUUAGUAAAUUUAAGGGGAAAGUUCUCUUGAUUGUUAAUGUUGCUUCGAAAUGUGGUUUGACACCAUCAAAUUAUUCAGAACUUACACAUCUAUAUGAGAAGUACAAGAAUCAAGGAUUUGAAAUUCUGGCUUUUCCUUGCAAUCAGUUUGGCGGGCAAGAACCUGGAUCAAACCCUGAGAUUAAACAAUUUGCUUGUACCAGGUACAAAGCAGAAUUUCCAAUAUUCGAUAAGGUUGAUGUGAAUGGACCAACUACAGCUCCGGUCUAUCAGUUUCUGAAAUCAAGUGCUGGAGGAUUUUUAGGUGAUUUGAUCAAGUGGAACUUUGAGAAGUUCUUGGUGGACAAGAAUGGCAAGGUUGUGGAGAGAUAUCCACCAACAACAUCGCCUUUCCAAAUCGAGUACUUUCAGAUAUACAGAUUCUCCCAAGCCCUCAACAUGGAUCCUCUUGAAACCCAAGAGCUAGUGGAGAAAUCUCUAGCAGAUUCCUUGAAAAAAGAUCAUGAUUGUCAGUCAUCACAAGCAUGUUCAAGAACAAGUCUUCUCUCCAUCUUCAUGGAGCCAUUUCAAUGGCUACAGAUGCUUUCUUCCCAGCUAAACCCAACAUUCAUUUUUGGUGUAGUUCUGGUGUAUGGUCUUAGCCAGGGCUUCUCUGGAUCUUUCUUCAAGGUUGUCACAGACUACUACUGGAAAGAUGUUCAAAAAGUUCAACCAUCAGAAGUGCAGUUGUACAUGGGCCUAUAUUACAUCCCGUGGGUCAUGAAACCAAUCUGGGGUCUCUUUACUGAUGUUUUUCCCGUCAGAGGAUAUAAAAGAAGGCCAUACUUCGUUGUGGCUGGUGUUAUUGGUUGUGUCUCGGCAUUGACGGUAGCUCUUCUUGGUAAGGUGCCUAUUGCUGUGGCAUUGAGUUGCUUGGUAGGUAUGACUGCUGGAGUUGCAAUAGCUGAUGUGACUAUUGAUGCUUGUAUCGCUAAAAACAGUAUUGAGAUCAGAUCUUUGGCAACAGACAUGCAGUCUCUAUGUGGGUUUUGUUCUUCAGUUGGGGCUUUGAUUGGUUACUCUUGCAGUGGUUUUUCUGUUCACCAUCUUGGACCUCAGGUAUCAUUGGUGCUUUUGGCAGUCCCACCAGCUUUAUUGAUAGUGCUGGGGUUUGUGAUCUAUGAAGUGAGAUCUACAAGCCUCCAAUCUGAGAAGAAGAAGGCAGUGGAGGACUUACAAAUAGCUUUGAGAGGCAUGUCGAAAACUAUAAAGAUGCCGCAGGUGUGGAAGCCAUCACUCUACAUGUUUCUAUCCCUGGCUCUCAGUAUAAGUGCUCAUGAAGGGCACUUCUAUUGGUAUACAGAUCCUAAAGCUGGUCCUGCAUUCUCACAGGAGUUUGUCGGGAUCAUUUAUGCAGUUGGUGCAUUGGCUUCUAUAGUGGGGGUUCUGAUAUAUCAGAAGACUCUGAAGGACUAUCCAUUCAGAAGCCUGCUCCUUUACGCACAACUCCUAUAUGGCGUGUCCGGAAUGCUCGAUCUCAUGUUCGUCCUUAGAUGGAACUUGGUCCUCAGAAUUCCUGAUUCCUUCUUUGUUAUUGCGGAAGAAUGUGUCACUCGAAUCAUAACCAGAAUCCGGUGGAUACCAAUGAUUGUGUUAAGCACUCGGCUAUGCCCUCUAGGCAUCGAAGGGACAUUUUUUGCACUGUUAAUGUGCAUCGAUAGUCUUGGCUCGCUCUCUUCCAAAUGGGGUGGAGGAGUUGUACUCCAUCUAUUUCAUGUCACAAGGACUGAUUUCACUAACCUGUGGUUGGUCCUUCUCGUAAGAAAUGUUCUGAGGUUUGCAACACUAGGUUUGAUAUUUCUUGUUCCUAAGGGUGAUCAAACAGAAAACUUGAUUCCCUCGGAUAUUUUGGCAGCAAAUUCUGCUGCAAGUCUAGAUGAUGAUGGCUUGGAACUUGUUCCUGUUAAGGAGACAAAUGAAGAAGCUAAUAGGCACACCAUAGUUUUGAUGCAGACCUCUCAAAAUAGAGCUACCAGAACUUUCAUGGAUUAUGACUCGAUAAGCCAAGCUAUGGAUGGUAUUUGUGCACUAUACGAAAGGAAGCUGAAGGACCUAAAUCCAGCCAACAGAAACAUCACCUAUGAUAUUGCAGAUCUCUACAAUUUCAUUGAUGGCCUUGCAGACAUGAGCGCAUUAGUGAUAACUGAUCUUCUGUUUAUUUAUUUCUGUCUUGCAGUUACAAUCACUCGAUUCAGGCCUAUCUUCCAAAUGACAGACAGUGGAUCAAACAGCGGCUUCUUCAACAUCUUAAGAAAUUGGCACACUAAACAAAUGAUAUGCCGAUCUAUAUUUUAA